AUGAAACAUCUCAUCAUUCCAAGAGGCACAAACAGAACAGGCCCAGAAAGAUCAAAGAUAAAGAGAGAGAAAACUCAUCAGCACAAAUGUCAUAAGCAUAAAGAUAAAGAGAAGCAGCAGGAAGAGAGUAGUGGUCCUGUACAGCUCUCCAAGUUCUUGGGAAGUGACAAAGAUGAUGGUGUACGUCGCAGUGCUGUCUCUGGCAAGAAGAUUCAAUUGAAGCUCGAGAGAACAAAGGUGGACAAGUUAGCAGAGAACAAUCGAAAUGAACUACUGCGAUUCUUGAACGCUAGUUAUGAUUGA